AUGUUGGACAUCCCCAUGUCGGCUCCUCGGUGCAAAACUUGCGAAGCUAGCAACAAAAAGUGUGAUGGAACGCGAGGUCCAACCGGGUGUCGAAGGUGUGCCCAAGCAGGCCUCGAAUGCGGGGGAUAUUCGUCCGAGAGGGUUCCGAAACCCGAACGCGGUCUUAGGGGCAAGGCACCAAGAUCAAGACAGCUUGUUCCUAGCGGCAUCGCACUCUCUGAUCCUGUUCUUCCGGCCCCUGGUAAUUCUAAACCAGCAGAUACUCCUAACCCCUUAUUGAUUCCCGAGGUUCCCUCGCCUCAAGGCGCUUCGGGAUCUGGGGAACAUCCUUCUGCCGAUCUCUUGAUUUCGUCGGUAGCUCCUGCCGGGCGACACCGUGUCGAUCUAGAUCACCCCUCGAGUGCCUUGAUCCAUCAAGGAAAAUCCUUUCCAGGGACAGCCGAGCUUUAUCCUACUCCCCCAGCCGACAACUCUAACAUCCCGCUAUACAAAGAAAAGACCUCUCCUAUCGCGCAAGCGCCAACUUCUUUGUUCAAGGACAGUCCAUUCGAAUUCCACACUCAGAUUGAUGGGGGUGCCAUAACCCUCGCCCAAUCAAAUUUAUUCAAUCAAACAACCCUUUCAUGUGGGGAAACUGUAACUUCAACUUGGGCGUCGUCGGGCCUCGAGUCAUAUGCUUCACCUGGUGUCAGUUCAAGGGACUAUUGGUUCGGCUCUACGCUUGGAGAACGCCCCAAUGCACAACCGGAUUUAGAUUUGAUUACCAACUCUCCCAUCUAUCUCGAAGACGAAAACGUUGACACGGAGAAUCUUCAGUCGCUUCGAGUAGAAUUGCUCGACGGAUUAGUAUUGGAUAGAGAAAUCGAGAGUAACACCGUUUCGUUUCUCAUACAUUCUUUCACGUCCUGGAUGAGCCGAUUUCUAUUCGAGCCCGCCCGCGUUAUCCCUUUCUUUCGAGAGGCUAUUAUUCGCGGCCACUCACUGGGUCACGAAAAACACCAGAGAUUGGUUUUGACCGCCAGCGCCGUAUUAGCCGUGUCUGAAUCUACCAACUACGAUACGGCUCCGUUUACAAUUCUUUACAACCAGUCGUUAAAGGGCGUGGUUGAGGCCCGCGCCCGUGGCAAUGUUACGCGAGAAACCGCAAUUGAAGCUAUGGAGUCCUGUCAUGAAGUUAUUUCGAUAAUGUGCAAGAUUUGCCCUCUUGCGAGCAUUCUCAAUACAAUGGAUCUAUAUGCCCCUAUCUUCCGGCGCGCCUGUCCAGAACCAGACAACGAGCAUGUCAAUUUACCAGGGAUACUUACUGGUUUCGAAGUUCAUCUCAAGCUCUACGCUACUAUGGAUGUUCUUCUUAGUGCUGUUACCUCUCGUCCAAUGUUUUUCAGAUACAAUCUCGAGCCUCCCUCCCCACAGGCUGAAGCACUUCUCAAUUCAGAAGACGGACCUGGGUUAAGGUGGUUAGCGGGCGUGCCCGAUCGCUUAAUAGUAACAUUUGCAAGGAUGAACACCCUUCUGGAGGAUUACGGGAAUCGCGUCGAUCCUGAAAUUGUGCAAGGGAUGAAGGAAGAAAUCCUUGCUUGUGCCACUACGUGCUAUUCUGGCCCCGCGGCCGAUCCAGUCUUGGUCCUUGGCAGAAUUGUGGUCCAGGAGAGUUGGAAGCUAGUUGCAUAUAUCUACCUUUAUAUGGGGUUAUGUGGAGCUGAUUCCUCUGACGCGCGGGUUGUCAAGCUUCGAAAAAGAUUCAUCUCGCUUAUAGAAGGUGUUAGGCCUCGCAGGAACCCAGAUACGUUCUUGGUUGUCCCCCUGAUGAUUCUUGGCGUCGCGACCACCUGCCCCACCGACCAAUCCAUUAUCCUCUCUCGACUCUGGGGAAUCUCCGAGUGCAGCAAGCCAGGUACACUGGGAAAUGACAUGAUCAGGAUGUUAAAUAGUAUUUGGACAUCAACCAAGAAUAGACCAGCUGUAUGGACUGACGUCCGGGAAGCGUGUUUGCACAUUGCAGGCAUACCAGCUGGCGUUGAUCAACGUUGUUUCGGCGCCGUCGAGCAGCAGACCAUGAUCAUCAAGGACCAGUCCUCGGCAGGAUGGAACUACUACGAGGCCAGUACCGACGAUGGAGCGAGUUCGAGUCGGAUGUCACACCUACAGCAUGAACCGGACCACGAUAGAGAUGCACAACGACCACCCUCUCCUCCUCAUCAGAUCCAUACCAUCCACUCCCCUUCCUCCGACUCUCCCGCCCAAAGACGACUUGGUCUAGCCGCCUUUGCAUCUACUCUCUUUGUCGUUGUCAUGUCUGCCGGCUUAGCGACUCUCUUUCUGUUGCUUAUUAUUUUGUCUCAAGUAUCCAACGUGUCGGACCCUGCGGCAUUUGUCGUACGAGAACGGGUAUUUUCCUCGAAUGACCUUGAAUCAUCAUCGCUCUCUGCACUUGCCGUGUCUACAGCAAUCUCCCAUUUUCUCAGCAUUACCACACCCCUUGUUCUUUCCCUACUGGCCUAUCGCACUGCUUAUCUUUGGAUUCAAGCUCAAUCCUCCCCAGCUGCGGAUGAGGAAGGAGUUGCCAGUCGCCUGCCCACCCCACUUCACUACGGCCUUCUGGUUCGCAUCCUCAAUUCAAGCACCAUCCUGAACCUCGGUCCCUCAGCCGCAUAUUUCCUACCGCGUCUUCGCUGGCGUCGAAGUUCGGAGAGCACUACCACCAUAUCCCCGCCACGCUUACUUCGAGAGGCAUUCGCAACUGCCUUUUUCGUCUAUGUUCUUUCGCACACGAUUGGCCUUGCCGACAUAUGGCUUCAUUCAGUUGCUUCGGUAGGGAUCGCCGAUAUGCCCACUCCUUCGCGAGAACUACCCAGGUUCAGUAUGGUCUUCAACCAGAGUCUUUGCGACCCCUCUACCGGUCUUCAAUGCAUGCACUUCUCUGACCAUUGGGGUAAUUCCAAUGUGGUCCGGACAGGCGAACUCGUCGCUGCCAAUUCCACUAACUUCGCCAACAUGUCUGUAAUCAGCCUCGCGGAAGAAAAUUACACUGCUAUCCUUACUCCAUCGGACUUCAUACGAGAGUGGAAUUUUUCGGCUAGCACAUAUGGAGCAAGAGCUCAGUGUUAUCCCAUCUCGAACUACUGUGCCGAAACUGGCUGCGAUUCUCCCUUUGUCGGAGGUCCCGCAGUAGAUGCAGGAAUGAGUCUCGCAACUUUGAGCUUCCCCAAGACUAGCUCAAAGGUCGCCUCGCGAGGGCCAGGAUUUGGCGACUAUCGUGAUAUGCCUCGCGUCAUGGCUCAUGUCGGCAAUGUUACUGUCGGCUCGCCUACUGGUAUCCCUGCUUCCGUUGCGAAUGCAAUUCCUCCAAAUCCCGGCCCGGUUCUUAUCAAACUCCGCUGGACCGACACCCUUCCUCCACCCUACUCUUUCGAACGUUCCUUGUCUCAGCCUCUAUUCGAAGUCGAUAUGCUUCCCAGUAGGGCUUCAGAUGAGGAAUUUCAGUCACGCUACGUAACUAUUCUGUAUGCUCAGUGCGAACUCGAAUUCGUCAGAGUUCGUUACGGCUACAAUCAACAGCAUCAAUUCCAGGCACAGCAUAUUCAAGGGCUGAAGGACGACGCUUCAAUGACUGCCGUUUUAUGGUCCCCACUAAUUUGGCAACAAUUCACCGAUCAGCUCAUCAACAAUAUCCGUCAAGGGUGCCUCACUGACUAUUCUUUGGAAGGCACCAUGGCAAUUCUUGGACAAGAGCUGUCACGUCUGGCAGUUGGAGCAUCGGCUGGGUUAUUUAUGCGCACCAACGAGUCCGUCGCCGAUGCCAGCACCAUCACUCAAGUAUUAGUCGGCCGCUACCCACGUACCCCGGUUUAUGUCUUUGCUGGGUUGUUGUACGCCUAUGCCGCCUUUGCCAUCGUCCUGUUCUUAUCUACGGCGGCUUGCACCUCGGACGUUAUUAAGUUCCGUUCCGAUCUUGACGACUUGAAUAAAGAAAGGGUCGAUGGGGCUGGGACAAAACCUCCAAAAGCCUAUACUGCUCUGGAGCUCGCUCAACGUCGACUCGUUGAUCCUGCAACCCUCAUUGCCGAGCAAUAUGUUUGGGCACCACAUUCAUCGCCUUCCAAAGCAAGCGCAAUGGCCACGCAGUUACGAACGGCGGAUAUGUUUGGGGUUGGCGAACCUAGCAAGACGUCCUCCGCACCCGACCGGUUGUUCGUUGGGCUAGGUGGGCCGUAUGCGGAUAACGGUGACCCACGCUUUGGAGUCUGGCGCCGACCCAAGCGACAAAUCGAUACGGAAUCUGAUCGUCUGACGUAUGUGCCGGGAGUGCCGUCGUCUCUUGGUAUGACGAAUCCCGAAAUGAUCGAAGGCACAACCCUAGUUGGGAGCACACUCCUCUCCGAACAGAACGGCAUGCCUCCCGCUUAUGCAACUUUAAGCCGAGGUACUCGAAGUCGUUCCGAUGGAUCCGAAUACGUCCUGGAGCAUGCCGCCCGACACACACAAAGCUCAGGAUUGGUAGAUACCCGAACGCGGGUAGAAGGUCGGCACGUUGAUCUCAACCUUGGUCCGGAGAGGAGGCCGUUGCCCGAAAAGGACUGGCCUGCUCUGGCGAGAGUUCCUUCCAGCGCAUCUUCGCAAGGAAGUAGCAGCACAAUACGGACUGUUAGGAGAUGUACUGGGGUUUAA